AAAAAAGAAAAAAAAAGAGCAAGGAAUAUUUCGCUGGUUUUUCUAUAAGUGUUUCCUUUUGCGUAGAUCGAAAGGCAGCAUUUUACAAUCAAUUCACAAUCGUUGUAAAAUGGCAGGAAAAUCGAGACCAAAGCCAUUAAAUGUUUACUUUUAUAUUCCAAAUAUCAUCGGGUACCUGAGGAUUUUGAUGAAUAUUGUUGCAUUUGCUGUGUGCUUUGUGGACAAAAAGCUAUUUUCCCUUCUGUAUUUUGUUAGUUUCGUUUGUGAUGCUUUGGAUGGUUGGUUUGCUCGUAAGUUCAAUCAAGCUUCGACAUUUGGGGCUGUUUUGGACAUGGUGACAGAUAGGGUUAGCACUGCCUGUCUGCUGGUUAUUCUUUCACAGGUUUACAGGCCUGGUUUUAUUUUCUUGUCAUUGCUUGCUCUAGAUAUUUCCAGCCAUUGGUUGCAAAUGUAUAGUACCUUCUUAGUAGGAAAGACAAGUCAUAAAGAUGUCAAAGACAGCAGUAGCUGGCUAUUCAGGCUUUACUAUGGAAAUAGGAUGUUUAUGGGCUACUGUUGCGUGUCAUGUGAGGUUCUUUAUAUUACAUUGUUCCUUCUUGCAAGGAACGAGACUGACAGUCUUAUUGAUGUUCUUGUAAAUACUGCAACGACAAGUUGGAUUUAUCUCGUCUAUCUUGCUCUUCUUGUGUUUGGAUGGGCAAUCAAGCAAUUUGUUAAUGUCAUACAGAUGAAAACCGCAGCUGAUGCUUGCGUGCUGUAUGACAUCAACAAAAAACAGUAGCACUGAUGUAAACGUAAAACGAGAGGCUUCUGCAAUAAUGCUUUUCUGGAUAGUGCAUUUUGUUUUUCUGGAUACUGCUUUUGUUCACACAUUCCGGUGGUCCUUCCAGGUAGCAGCUUCUUUUGGUGAUGGCUUGAAUUGGAAAGAGUUUUCUGAUGCAUACAUUCUGUAGGAAAUGAUCUAAGAUUUUCGGCUAACAACUGCUUAUGGCCUAAGGCCUAAUCAUGCGUCAUUUCUCCCUCAUUGUUGUGCCUAAAGUUGGAUAUGAUUCUAACAGUUCCUUUACUGUCGAUUUUUUUGGGGGUUUGUUUAGUUGGAAUGUACAUACUCUUUGGCAAAUCAUAGGGAUUUUGAUGUUUGUUCUCAUAUUGUUGACGAAUAGCCAUUGGAUUUUGUCCCCUCUGGGUUCAUUAACUUUGAUUUCUGUACCAUGAUCAAUAUUUGAUAUAUUGUAGUUC